AUGUCUCGCAGGCGAGACUCUGCAUCCCGAACGGCCCGUCUAUACCAGCCGAAGCGGCGCUCAAAGAAUGAAGCAGCGGCAGUCGAUGCUGUUUCUGCAGCUGCGGCUGAAGAGGGCGUUGAUUCGUCUGCUGCCGCAAUGGCAGGCGCAGGAGGGGGAGAGAAGGUGGCCAUGUAUGACGUGAGGAGACACCCCGACACAGCAGCAACGACCUGUUCCCUGAAGCCUUUCACCCCGACAGCAUCCACACAACCCCCUGCAUCCCGCACCUCCAGAGGAUGCAGCGGCAACUGGCUCGUAGGCCGAGGCGCCUCUGAUGCGGAAUGCGGAGCAUCUGGCAGGGAGGGGAGCGCCACUGGCGUGUGCUGGUCAGGUGGCAUCUCGGAGGAGGCAGAUCGAAGAUCAAUCGUCGCUGCAGGCAUUCUGCUGACAGAGCCACUCGUGGCUGCUGCUGCCGCAGCAGCAGCCAGAGACACAGCGACAACCGCAGCAGAAGGAGCGGCCGAACAUCCAGGGAAACAUGCUGUGGCAGCAGCUUCCAGCGAUGCCAUUCUGACGCUUCAAAUGUCACACUGGAUCGGGGGGGAUGGAACGGCAGGCGCUGCAGAUGCUACGCGUGAAGCCGCCCCCCCAAAGGAAGCAUCUGCGACGGCAGCGAAGGCAGCAAGGCCGUCAAAUCCAGCACAGCCUUCGGCAGCAACGCUGCAUCCAGAAGAGUCAUGCAUUUUGGGCACUGCAAGCACUGCAGCGGCAACAGCAGCAGCAGGAGUUUGUGGUGUGGAAGCUCAAGAAGCAGCAGCAGCAAGAGCGACACCAGACGACUCAGUGCCUCUCGACGUCAUAGCAGUCACUGACGGCCAGGAUAUAACAGAAGCGGCUGAUAUAUCAAUGGCGGCUUCGUCCACUGCACCCAUAGGUAGUACCCUAGGGGCAGCGAAGGAGCUUUUCGCGCAUCCAGCUGCAGCAGCAGCUGCAGUUGCUUGUGACGCUUGCCAGAUCUGUGCAGACUUUUGUAGCAACAGCCGUUGCCUGCGCUGUCUUCCUCGACGGCAGCGCUUUCGCAUGCAGCUGUGGGGACUGUGCUGCUGCGACUGCUGUGCCUGCUGCUUUUGUAAGUCUGAAGCCGCUGCCGCGCAUGCCGCAGAGGCUGCCCUUGCUGCUGAUCCUGGCGUAGAGGUGGUAGCUCGCUACAAUGUAGCAGCAGCAGCUGCUGCUGCUGCAGGCGCUCAUCAUGUGGCUGCGGCGCAUGAGUCUGGGUGGAAGAAAAGCGCAGCAUCGCCAACAGCAUGCCCGAGGCAGCUCGGGAAGAAUGAAAUCGAAGAGGUCCCCGUUGAAUCUCUUCCUCGUCGUGCGUCUACUUGCGUCGUUGUUGCCGCCGUUGCGGCAGCGGCUGCUGCUGCGCCUGCCGCUGAAGCGGCAGCAGUAGCUGGUCUGCCUGCAGUAGCUGCAGCAGCGGCAGCUGCUGCUGCUGCUCAGCAGAAAGGGCGCUGCUGCUUGGAAGACGAAGUGCCGAGCCGCAUGCACAGCAAAGGUGUGUGUUGUCAGAGCAGCGGCGGCAAGAGGAGUUGGAGCGCUCCAAUCCUGGCGUGUGCUGCAGAAAUAUCGAACGUUGCUGCCACAGCAGCAGUUGCAGGAUUUCGCAGCAGUAUCCGAAUGGCUUACGAUUUUGUGAUGCGGUGGCUUGUUGGACGUGGAACGCUGGCGGGCAGUGGUAGAGCUGAGUUUCCUCUCCCGCACAGCAGCAGCAGCAGUGGGGGCAGAGGAGAUCUGCCAUCUUUUACUCCAUGCCAGGUGUACAGACACUUUUUGUUGGGUUCCCUCUUGCUCUAUGCGAACAAGAAGGUCUACAAGAUUAAUGGCUUGCUGGGAAGACACCCGGGAGGCGACACAUGCCUUCUCAAACACUUGGCUCAAGACUGCACCAGAGACUUCCUCUUCCACACCCGCUGUGGCAGGUGCCUCUGGAGAGGCUUCCUGGUAGGGGUUUCUGAAUCGUGCGCUGGGUGGACGGACAGCAAGCAGCAACGGCUGGCCGAAUUGAAAGAACAGUUCUUGCUGCAGUAUAUGCAAAAGCACCAACCAGACAUGCAGCAUGAACACUCGUACCAACAGUCAUGGCUGCUGUUGCAGCAGCAACAGCAGGCGUUUAAGACCCUCAAAGAUGCGGGAUGCAACAGAUGCCGCCCAGAGAAACUGGGUGGACUCAGAGCAGGAGAGGCACUAGCAGAGGACGAAGAUAACAGGCACAUGCCCGAGGCAGAUGCCUAG